AUGUCCGAAAUAUCGACCCUCACUGCUGCACGCUACGGAAAGGAUAAAGUUAGGGUGCUCCGCGUCGUGAGGGAUGGGAGCUGGCACAAUAUCGUCGAGUACUACGUGACGACGCUCCUGGAAGGCGACAUAGACGUUAGCUACACGGCAGCAGACAACUCCGUGAUCGUUGCCACCGACUCCAUCAAGAACAUAACAUACUAUCUGGCAAAGGUUUCCCCCCAUGUCCUCAACCCAGAACGAUUCGCACUUCACAUCGGCACUCAUAUUCUCUCUAAAUACUCACAUAUCCACAAGGCCUUCGUAACGGUGCAGCAAGUUAGGUGGACCAGGAUUCCAGUGGAUGGAACUGACGCGGGGCAUGCUCAUUCGUUCUUCCGCGAUGGGGACGAUAAGCGGUUCGUAAAGGUGGAGGUGGACGCAACCAAGGGGAAGGACAAACUUACCGCCACCGUUACCUCCGGUAUCACCGAUCUCCUCAUUCUCAAGUCCUCGGGCUCGUCGUUCACCAACUUCAUCCGAGACGGCUACACCACUCUCCAGGAGGUCGAUGAUCGCAUCUUCUCGACCUCUGUCGACCUCUCUUACACCUUCUCGACCAUCAGCAUACCCUCCCCAAGCGACGAAGCCAAACUUGAGUUCGUCAUCCCUCAGGGCUCUGGAGGGGACGUAUGGGAUGAAGGAGUGUCCAGUAGGGCGAGGAAGAUCACGUUGGACGUGUUCGCAGCGGACUCAAGCGCCAGUGUGCAAGCAACCCUUUACAAGAUGGCGCAGCAGAUUGUUACCGAGCACGCCGGAAUCGACUCAGUAUCAUACUCCCUUCCGAACAAGCACUAUAUUGCGGUAGACAUGAAGUAUAUCGGCCUCGAUAACACGACCCCGUCCCAAGCGGAGGUGUUCAUGCCUAUCGAAACUCCAAGCGGUCUGAUUUCCGCCACAGUUAGCCGCAAGAAGUAG